CACCUCGCCGUCUAGUGGUCGCAGCCUGAUUUCCGCAACAUCAACCACAUUUUCUCUCUCUAAGUUCUAGAACUCGUCGUCUCUUCUCUCCCACGCGAUGGCACUCCUGUUUCACGUGACCAGGAAAACCCUAACUGAUUCCGUACGGCUUGGAUGGAAGUCACACGUCCGUGGACUUCAGACCUUCACGUUGCCGGAUCUCCCCUAUGAUUAUGGCGCUUUGGAGCCCGCGAUUAGCGGCGAGAUUAUGCAGUUGCACCACCAGAAGCACCACCAGACUUAUAUUACUAAUUUCAACAAAACACUUGAGCAGCUCGACCAAGCCAUCAACAAAGGCGACGCUUCCACUGUUGUCAAGUUGCAGAGUGCCAUCAAGUUCAACGGGGGAGGUCAUGUCAAUCACUCAAUUUUCUGGAAAAAUCUCACCCCUGUUCAUGAAGGAGGUGGUGAGCCACCAAAAGGUUCCCUUGGUUGGGCUAUUGACACACAUUUUGGUUCGAUGGAAGCAUUGAUACAAAAGAUGAAUGCUGAAGGAGCAGCUUUACAGGGCUCUGGAUGGGUGUGGCUUGGCGUGGACAAGGAGUUGAAGAAGCUUGUGGUUGAAACAACUGCAAAUCAGGAUCCACUGGUAACUAAAGGUCCAAGUUUGGUUCCUUUGCUUGGCAUAGAUGUUUGGGAGCAUGCAUACUACUUACAGUACAAGAACGUGAGGCCAGAUUAUUUGAAAAACAUUUGGAAAGUCGUCAACUGGAAGUAUGCCAAUGAACUGUACGAGAAAGAAUGCCCUUGAGGUAGGUGCAGUUUGUUUGAGUUGGGUGCCCCCCAUGCUUUUCUGCAAUGAGUCUUAGUGUGCAGCUCUUACUCUUUUGUAACUUGCUAUUAAUGGCACCAUUGAUCAUUUGUACCCAUCUUUUGAUCGGCCUUCUCUAGUACGAUAAGUUUAUGGUUUGAAUCUGUUUGGGCGUGUGUAUGCUAUGCAAUUUACUAGCUAUUAUCAGGCUCAGAUGUGAAAAGCUUUUGGACGAAAUCCUCUUAGUAUAUGCAUAAUAUUGCCUUCAAUAAACUUUGGGUAGAAAUUCUGUGGGAUAA